AACAUAAACGUAACAUUGAAUAGUGAAACUGAAACCAACUUACCAAGUUUAACAGUGAUUUUGAAUGAACUUUUACUCGAAUGCUAGAAUUUAAUUUAUGAACUCUUUAAAAUUUGUUAUAGAAAAUUAUUUGCCGUGAAGUGCAAAUGAUCAAUAUAUUUAAAAAAAGUUACACAAUAAAUACUGUGGUUGCAUUCUGCAGUACCAGUUACCAUUUAGAACAUAUCUAUAGUUAAUAUCAUAUAAACCUUAUACUCAUAUUGUAAAUUCAAUAUUAUAAUUAAUCAUUAAUAUUGAAAACGUUUAUAUUCAAACAAAUGUGUUCAUUGAGAUAAAAGGCGUACAUACAUACAUUAAGAAACUAUUUUUGAUCGAUUCUAAAAUUAUUUGCAAAAUGAGUCAGCCUUCAGAAGAGCUCCUAUUUAAGUUAAGCGAGAAGAUUAAGUAUGGAGAAAAACUUGUUGAACAGUUAAAUAGUAUUCAAGAGAUUGAGGGAGUUUUUAAAAUGAAGAGAAAAGUUUUACAAGAAAUUGAUUUCUUGACAAGGUUACAAAAAUCAAAAAAAGUUAAAGAAGAACACUUGUCUUGCUCAAAUUUACGACAUUUGGGAGCAAUGGUUGAAUGCGCUAUGAGGCCUGGUACUACGUCUGUUUGUAAAAUAUUCCAUGUAAAUGAUGAAAGUAAACAAUUAGUAGACAUUAUCAGUGAUGAAGGCAAAACUUGGACAAAAGUGAUAGCUCGAAAUCCAAAGUCAUUAUCUGCACUUAGUUCAGGCAACGCCUCAUAUGGUGCACGGUCUAUACUGGAUCAAGCUGAGGAUUAUUUAACUUGUGCUAAAUUGUACCCAUGUAUGUAUCUUUCGCCUAAGGUUGUUUUUGAAUUUGUAAGUGGUAUUGAAGAAACCCUUGCUAAUAAGUUAAAAGCAAAGGGUAUCGUAGUGCAAGGAACAAUAUUACCUGAUUCAAGAAACAUUGAAGAAAUUGAAGAUUCUUACGAGUCCAGUGAUGAAGAAAUAUUUGAAAGGUGCCAAGUUAUAAUGGAGGAUGAAUCACAGUGUUUUGAAAAUCAUCAAGAUAUAAACAUAUUGAACUUGGAUGUGACAGCAAUGAUGGCAUAUGUUAGUAAUAUGACAAAUGGAUUCUGUCAUUUUGUGUUCAAACAAGAUGUCCUCACCCAGCAAGCGGCUUGGGAGGCUGAAAGACCUGUAAAACCAAUAUUGGAAAAACUAUUUCAAGGUAAAACUUUAAUUUGCUGUAGAACAGCAUGGUAUAAUUUCGAAAAAAUUGUUGAUACAUUAGGAGGUCCAAUGGAGAAAAAACGAACAGCAGACUUAAAAGAACAGGUUACUGUGUAUGAAGAUGAUUAUGGAGGGCAGAAUGAUUAUCCCCGACAGAAUUUAAAAGUGAGGGGUCAUGUUCGAUUAAGGUCUAAAAUAAUUUUCAAUUUUGGCCAUAGACUUAAAGCACUUACUGUAUCAGCAAAUGAGAGUUUUGUAAGAUCUGCUGCACAGCAGGGAGUCACAUAUGCUACCUUUAUUCACGAGUCACGAGCUUUAACCGAAGGAAAAGAGACCACAGCUAAAAAGAUUUUAUGAUAUAAUAAUACUCCAAUUAAAUAAUUAUUUAGUUUUAUUUUAAAAUUAUAUUUUAUUUAACUGUGUGUUGUAUAUAGUACUUAAAUAUAUAUCUUCACCAGCUAAAUAUAAUCGUCCUUUGAUGUGAUAGUAGUAAUGUAUG